CCCCGAUGGAGCGGGUGAACGAGGCGGCCGCCGCCGCCGCUGCAGCCGCCGCCAGUGCCAACGCGUGCGGCCCGUCCCCACCGGGCUGCUACACGUACCAGGUGAGCCGGCACAGCGCCGACCUUCUGCACAACCUGAACCAGCAGCGCAAGAACGGCGGGCGCUUCUGCGACGUGCUUCUCCGCGUCGGCGACGAGAGCUUCCCCGCGCACCGCGCCGUCCUGGCUGCCUGCAGCGAGUACUUCGAGUCGGUCUUCAGCGCGCAGGGACUGAGUGGAGGCGUUGAGGGCGCCGGAGGUACAGGAGCCGCCGGGGCGCCAGACGGGGGCGCAGCUGAGGCGACCGGCGCUGGAGGGGGCGGCCCCGGGGGCGGGGGCGGCCCCGGCGGGGUGGGCCGGGAGCUGGAGAUGCACACCAUCAGCUCCAAGGUCUUCGGAGACAUCCUGGACUUUGCCUACACCUCACGGAUUGUGGUGCGCCUAGAGAGCUUCCCAGAGCUCAUGACAGCCGCCAAGUUCCUUCUCAUGCGCUCUGUCAUCGAUAUCUGCCAGGAGGUCAUCAAGCAGUCCAACGUCCAGAUUCUGGUCCCUCCCGCCACCCGCCCAGACAUCAUGCUCUUCCGUCCUGGCGCGGGCACCACUGACCUGGGCUUCCCCCUUGACAUGACCAACGGCACUGGGUUGGCCCCCAAUGGCAAUGGAAUCGCCGGCAUGCCCGAGGAUGAAGCCACUCGGGCUGCCCUCUCCGCCGCUGCCCAGUCUUCCUUGCCCGUCUUGCAGGGGGUGGACCGUCUUCCCAUGGUGGCCGGGCCUCUCUCGCCACCCCUCCUGGCUUCGCCCUUCCAAAACGUUGGCACUGGCGCCCCCUCUCUGAGCAGCAAGCGGGGUCGGGGGCGUCCCCGCAAGGCCAACCUGCUGGACUCCAUGAUGUUCAGUGCCCCGGGGGGUCUGAGGGACGCUGGCAUCCUUCCCUGUGGCCUGUGCGGGAAAGUCUUCACAGAUGCCAACCGCCUCCGCCAGCACGAAGCCCAGCAUGGCGUCACCAGCUUGCAGCUGGGCUACAUCGACCUCCCACCCCCCAGGCUGGGCGAGAAUGGGAUCCCCGGGCUGGAUGACACGGCCGCCCCCCGCAAGCGGAGCCGGACAAGGAAGCAGGUGGCUUGCGAGAUCUGCGGGAAGAUCUUCCGGGACGUUUACCACCUGAAUCGGCACAAGCUGUCACAUUCUGGCGAGAAGCCCUACUCGUGCCCUGUGUGCGGGCUGCGGUUCAAGAGGAAGGACCGGAUGUCCUAUCACGUCCGGUCCCACGAUGGGUCGGUGGGGAAGCCUUACAUUUGCCAGAGCUGCGGAAAAGGUUUCUCUAGGCCUGACCAUCUGAACGGGCACAUCAAACAAGUGCACACAUCAGAGAGACCUCACAAAUGUCAGCAGGAAAUUGCCAGCCUCCAUGGAAUAAGCUCAGAGACAUCUACAUCCCUAGAGCAGUUGAAACUUCAAGAGACCUGCAACGCCUCUUUUGCCACCCGGGACCGGCUGCGCUCGCACCUGGCAUGCCACGAAGACAAAGUCCCGUGCCAGGUCUGCGGGAAGUACCUGCGGGCGGCGUACAUGGCCGACCACCUGAAGAAACACAGCGAAGGACCAAGCAACUUCUGUACCAUCUGCAACAGAGGUUUCUCCUCUGCCUCCUACUUAAAGGUCCAUGUUAAAACCCACCACGGUGUUCCCCUUCCCCAGGUCUCCAGACACCCGGAGCCCAUCCCGAAUGGGGGAGCAGCGUUCCACAGCGUCAGGACCUAUGGCAUCAAAGAAGGCCAGAAAUGCUCACCUUUGGAUCAGAUUGAGAGCUCGGAUUCCUACGGAGACCUCUCGGACGCCAGCGACCUCAAGACCCCCGAGAAACAGAACGCCAAUGGCUCCUUCUCCUCCUGCGACAUGGUGGUCGCCAAGAAUAAAUUGGAGUCGGAGGGGGAUAAGAAGUACCCUUGCCCCGAAUGUGGCAGCUUUUUCAGAUCCAAGUCCUAUCUUAACAAACACAUACAGAAAGUCCAUGUCCGCUCCCUGGGGGCCCCCUUAGGGGACUUGGGGCCUGCCCUGGGCUCCCCCUUUUCCCCACAACAGAACAUGUCUCUCCUGGAGUCGUUCGGGUUUCAGAUUGUCCAGUCCGCCUUUGCCUCCUCUUUGGUGGAUCCAGAGGUCGACCCACAGCAAAUGGGGCCGGAUGGAAAAUGAGGCUGGCUCCCUCCUUGACAUAGCGGCUGUCUGCUUUGGGUGUCUUAAGAUGGCUGUGGGCAAUGUGUGGGAGCUGACAAAAAAAUCCAGUUUUGUAGUGGGGAGAUUUUUCUGUUUGGAUUCCUUUUAGGUCCUCCCUUCCCUUCUCCCCGAAAUCUUCCCCGGGGGGCAGAGAGUGUGCGUGUGUUGGGGGCCAGCUGUGGGGUUAUCACCUGCACGGCAACGAAUGGAGGGGCAGCCUUUGGGGGCUGCACCCCAUGGCAGGGCAAAACGGCGCCAAGCACCCAGAAGGUCUGUGGGCGACCCCAGCUUGGAACCCCGCGGAUGAAAACUAAACACCCCAAAGGCUGGUUGGGGGAAUGUUAAGAAACCCUAGUUGAUCUGGCAGAGAAUUAGAUGUGUGUCUCUCCUAUCCUUUUAUUUUGGUCCUUCAUCCUUCUCUGCCUCAUGACCCUUUCCUGAGAUUCGCAUUGUUAGCAUCGUCGUCUGCUCAUAAAAGCACAUACCUGUGAGGUAUCUAGUAGGUAGAGGUACCAUUGUUCUUUAGGAAGAAAGGAAGAAGAAGAAAAAACCACCAGAAAACGCAACUUACGAAAGCUUUUAUUUUCUUUUUUGAAGAAGUCGAGGAUGCUGUGCCAGAGGCAAGGGAGUUGAGGGAGGGUGCCCGCUGUCUGGCCCCACCAGAUUCAAAUCAGUCCUUGGGUGCAACCAAGCAGCAAAGUUCUCCUGAAAGUGGUGGGUGGGUGUGGGGGAGGUCAGGCAGGUGAGGCCACCCAGGAGCAAAUCUCCCGCUCAUUCCAUUCGGGCUCCUUCAGGAGAAUUUUAACUCAGUUUUAUGCUGCUUUUUUUUCUAACUCGCUCUCGAUAUUCUCUCUCUCUCUCUCUUUCUCUUAUUAUGAUUCUGAUUAUUACAUUUAUGAUUUUAGGACCUGUUGUAGUGAUUUGCUACUGAGAAGCCCUUCCGAGGGAAUUAUACAGAGAGCUCUUAAAGCAGCUGUCAUGUUAGGGUUAGUAUUAAUUUUUUUUUAGAUGUAUCAUAAUUAAUAAUAAACUUGGCUAGUUGAUUGUUUUUAAGUCUAUGGGAUAAUAUAGUUAUGCAAAACGGAAGAAAAGGGGAGGGGGAAGGUUUAAAAACAAAAGUAAAGGCAAGAGCCACACACUCGGUUGGCUGAUGCAUAAAGACCCCAAAAGAUGAAAUUGAUCGGCAAAAACGAUUAAUUUUUCUGUACUACCAACCUGUUUAGUGCAAAUGAAUUAUAGAGUUCAGAGUGAUUAAAAAAAAGAAAAAACAAUUUGAUUGGACUGCAUUAAAGAAGUUAGAAUGGUUACUUUA